AUGGAUGAGCCCCAGAAGAAACUCAGCCCCCGGCACGAAGGAAGGCCCCGCAAGGUGAGGUUCAAAAUAUCCUCAGCUUACAGCGGUCGAGUGUUAAAACAAGUCUAUGAGGAUGGGCAGGAGCUGGAGCCCCCGGCCAAGGAGCACUCGCGGCGGUUCCUGCGCCACAGCUUCGAGCCAGAGGACCAUUUCUGCGGGGCUGGGGAAGCGCUGGAGAACAGGUUCUACUGGCCCACGGCACUGACUGCCCAGCGGAUCAGCAUCUUCAGAGAGGAUCAGGAACACGAUCUCACGGCGACCUCACCCCUGCUCAGUGACUAUACCUUGAGUGACCAUGCUGCUUCCCCAGUUGUAGAUUUUGGCAAGAUCAUCAUCUACACUAAUAACCUGAAAAUCAUCCGUGCACCGAUGGACCAGAAAGAACUCAUGAGAAGAAUCAUCCAGACUGAGGGAAUAAAUGACUGUACCUUCCUGUACCGGGAGAGGAAAGAAAGAUUUGGUGGUGGACAUAAAAAAGAUGUGGAAAAAAAGAUCACCUGCAACCAGCAUGUGCAGGAGGGCGAUGCUGAAUACGGUUGUUCACAGUGUAAAGGUUCAGGCUCUGCUCCCUGCUCACUGUGCCAUGGAAGCAAGUUCUCAAUGCUGGCAAACAGAUUCAGGGAGUCCUACCGGGCUCUGCGGUGUCCGGCGUGCAACGAGAGUGGGCUGGAGCCCUGCCACAUCUGUACUGCCUGA